GUUUACGUUUUGGUCGCGUCGCCUUCAGUUCGUUCACGUUCCGUGUGUGUUCCCGCUGCUGCAGUGCAUCGCAUUAAAGCGCCACAGCGAUUGCAAAGGCAACACUGUAAACCAAAAAGCUCCCCAGCAAACUAAAACUGUGACUGUCGACUGUGUUGAGUGUUGAGUGUUCAGUGUUGAGUGCGUGCUUUAGUGUGUGUUCCCUGUUCAAUACUUCUAACUCAAACUUCGUCUCACAUUCGAUACGAGCGACAAUUCAAAGCAAUUAGCAUUGCGAGGCGUUUCAGUUAGUAAAACAAAAGCCUUGCGGAAAUCGUGAACAAUUUGCGACGCCUUUAAGCCGCUUCUUCGUUCUCAGUAAAUUCGUGUGCGCCUUUUUGUUGUUGUUCGCCAUGAAGCGUUCGCGUUUGCCGCUUAUUGCCAGCGUUUGUCUGGCGCUGGUGUUGAUGUCAUCCUGCCUGCUCACAGGCGCUGAGGCCAAGAAGAAGAAAUACGUUGGCGAAACUGGCGGUGAUUUUGAGUUUAUCGAUGAGAUUAAUAAAAAUACGCAGCAGAAUAACAAAAAUGUGGGCGAACACAAGCGUUGGAUACACGAUCCCUCAAGUGACCUCUGCCGGCCUCUGAACUGUAAGAAGCGUGAAAUCUGCCUGCUCGAGGACGAGUUCAGCGCCGUGUGCGUGUCGAAAAAGGAGUUGCACAAGAAUCGUGAUGAGAUAAUCACCAAGGCCAAAUAUUUGGAGGAGGAAGCCAAACGGCGCGUCAAUCAGCAGGAUAACAACGAUAGCCAGGAUGUUGAGGACAUCAACAACGAUGACGAGGACAAUAGCAGCGAUGGCAGCCUCAGCAGCGGCAGCAGCAACAGCAACAUCAACAGCAACAACAACAACAACAACGCUAACAAUAAUGCCCAGGCUAAUGUCCAGGGCAACGAGGAGAACAACGACGAUGAGGAUAAAAGCCUCAGUUUGGGCGACGAUGAUGAGUCCAAAGAGGACGACGUCUUCUAUGAGAACAACAUUGCUGCCAGCGAUAAGCAGCAGCAACAGCAACAACAACAGCAGCAGCAGCAGCAGUUGCAGAAACCCGCAGCUGCCCAGCAGCAAGAUGAUGAUGAGGAACUGGACAACUGCAAGCCGUGUCCCGUGGCUAAGCCAACGUUCCUCUGCGGCGCCGACAACAGAACCUACUCAUCACUAUGCAGAUUGGAUUAUCACAAUUGCAUACAUUCGACAACCAUAAGGAUUGCCUGCAAAGGAUUCUGUCCCUGCAAGGAAAAUACCGAUGGCAAGCGGCUGCAGCGACUUGGAGAGCGUGGUGGCUACAACAGCAAGUACAACAGCAAGAAGCUCAACAUCGAGCAGCAGCAGCAACAGCAGCAGCAGCUGCAGCAACAGCAGGCCUACAAGGACAGCAGCAACAACAACAUCAUGAUGAACAGUGGCAAUGUGAUGGGCAACAACAACAACGACUUCAACACCAUCAUGAACGACAAGGAGGACAACAAUCGUCACUUCAAUCACAUCAAUGCCCAGUACACGUUCACGCCCGAGGAGAUCAAAUAUGACAACAAGCACUACAAGUACCUCAAGUACACGGCUUACAAGAAGGAUGCCAAAUACCAGGAGGAGAAGCACAAGAUGCGCAACUACAAUGAGAACGAAGUUGUUGAGAAGCAGCCACAGAAGUACAGCAAGAACAACAAUGUAAACGGCUACCCAUCAAAGUCCGCUGAGUGCAAGCCACAGCAAUUGACCGCCAUUGGCAAUCGUCUGCUCGAUUGGUUCUCAGUGAUCAUGGCCGACAGCAAGAAGCGUCGCCAGCACAGCCAAAAGUCGAAGGCUCACUUCCCGCCCGCCUGCAAGACCGAAGCGAAGUGGAUGUUUGGCCAUUUGGACUUGAACAACGAUGGAAUGUUGUCGCUGCAGGAGAUGUACGAUCUGGAGCACGAUCAGAACGAGCGUUGCAUCAAGCCAUUCAUCGACACGUGCGAUCUGGAUCAGGAUAGCUCGAUCAAUACACGGGAAUGGUGUCGCUGCUUUGAGAAGACCGAUCGUCCGUGUGCCGCGGUGCGCCGAAGAAUCGCCGGCGACUUUGCAGGUGAGAUAGGCGCCUACGCACCCGACUGCGAUGUACAAGGAUUCUACAAGCCAACACAAUGCCACAACUCGGUGGGUGUCUGUUGGUGUGUGGACAAGCAUGGAGUUGAAUUCGCCAACACACGCACACGUGGCAAGCCCAACUGCGAGUCCGUGGUGAACAAUGCCGCCUCGCUGACAUCCGACGACGAGGACGAGGGUGCCGACGAUGAGGAUAGUGCGGAGGGCAGCGCCGAUCAAAUGUUGGUCUUUUAAAAGCCUCGCCUCCCCCCUCUUCCUCACACACACACACACCCGCAGGCCGCAGCACGCAGGAUUCUAGGAGGUCCGAAGGAUGCCAGGACGUGCAUAAGUAUUGAUUGCCUUGGCAACAAAUCCAAUCAGCGAGCAUUACGGCGUAACAGAAAAAACCAAAAACCAAAAAUGAAACAAAAACAACAUUAAUAUUAUUAUUAUUAUUAUGAUAACUACGAAAACAAACUAAAAAUGAAAAUGAAAAAAAGGAAAAUCCCAAAAAAAACAAGAACAUAAAUGUGCAGUAGUUAUGUAAGAGUUUUCGCAUAGAAAGAACAACUACAACUAAACCAUAUACUUAGCAGCAGCAAAAAGCAAAGCAAAGCAAAGAAAAACAAACACUCGCAAAUUGAUAGCAAACAAAAUGAAUAAUAAAAGUGAAAAUCAUCGUUUGAUAGGCGUUGCAUAGUUCAAGGCGUAUUGCACGCAACAUUGGUAUUAAACAAAUGCUAAAAUUAGCUUAUAUAAGGUUGAACCCUCCCCAAGUCCCCCAUUAAACCCUCCCACAAACACACACACACAUACACUCAACACAUAAAGCGAAUAAAUACCCUUUAAGUUUAGUUUGAGAGUUAUGUGUUUGUUGUGGCUGUGUCUGAGUAUUUUGCGGUAAUUGAAAUUAGCCGCAGCUUUUGUUAAUGCACGCGAAUCCGUCUUUUAGCUUUUAAAGAGAUUAUUGUACACACAUUCGAAAUGUUUAUAGCCAACUUUCCUUUUCUCUUCUAUCUUCUAUCUCUGUCCCCUACUGUAUCUUUAUCUGCUCGAAACCAAAACCGAAACAAAGCCAAACACACACACGCUAAGAAUUCCGCCCAAAAAAAUACAUAUAAAUUUAUGUGAUAGGUUUUGAAAAAUAACGAAAUGAAAACGAUGAUAAUGAAAAUUGAAGGCAGACACUAGAUGAUGAUGAUGUUGAUGGGGAAACACACACACUCACACACAAACAAAAACCCAAAAGAAAGCUAGCUAAAUUUUUGUGUUCGCUUCGAGUAAAUAAAUGAAAAAUGAUGAAAGAGAUGAAACGACAAACACUCAUAAUUAUGUUAGUUGCACUUCCAUUUAGAGUUACUUAGCGUACUGCAUAAUACCAGAUAAAUAGUGAGAGCGAACUACAUACAUAUAUCUAUAAAUAUAUAUAUAUAUAUAUGUCAGCAUUCUUUAGAGAUUCCUAGUGUUAGAGGGGAACAUAAUACCACAUAAUUAUGAGUAGGCACUGCUUUCAUUUAAUAGAAAAUGUUCCGACUUCCAUUUAGCACCUGCCACAUGAUGAUAGCCAAGCGAUUGCUUCAAACUAUCCAAUAACCUCACUCACACACACACACACACUUUACACACAUAUUUGCAUUUGGGCAUUUGGAAAAUUGCCAAUCAAGAAAAAUCAGAGAAAAAGGUAAAAACACAAACAGAAUUUGCUAAAAUAUACAUUCAACUUGCAACCAGGCACACCGCAAAAGAGAUCUACAAAUUUCCACAUAAAUCAUAUUAAAUAAUAAUAAUAUACGAUAUAAACGUAAGAAGAAAAUGCUUAUGCAUACGUACGAGUAUAUACACAAUAUACAUCUAUAGUAUAUAUAUAUAUACGUAUAUAUAAAAGUAAAUAAAUAUAAAAUAUAUAUAUAUAAUAUGUUUAAACUGUAUGUAAGUAUAUAAGUGGCAUAAUUAAGUGGCAGCCGAAAUGGAAAAUCAACUUCAUACGAUCUAGAGUGCAUUCAAAAUAAUUUCGCUUAUUUAUCCCGUAACAAUUUGUUUUCCCUUAAAAAACAACAACAAUUGCUUGCAAUCAUUAUUAACUAGAAAAUUCGCAGUAAUUAUUAGCAAAAAUACAAAAAUUCAAACAAAUUUGGUUUGGAUAACUUUUUAAUUACUAAAGCGCAAUAAUAAAGUCGAAGCUGAGCGCAAUUCGCAUUAAAAAAUUGUAUAGCAUACUUUCGGGUGCAAUUUGAAAUUCUCAGUUAAUCCUAAAAGUAUGCUGCAGAUUUUUGUGCUGCGACAGCAUCGCGUGAAAUGAGAAAACGACGACGACGGGAGAAAUGCAUCAUAAUAAUUAUAAUUAUAGAAAUUGUGUUUUUUGGCUGCAUUUAUAAAAGAAAAUUGACGCGUGGUGUACACUCUAUAAACUGACUAUAUAUACUAUGAUCACGAUUGUAUUUAUGUAUGUAUUUAUGUAUACUUGUGUAUUAAGCGAAUUGCAUUAAUUCUAGUGAGCCAAAAACCUCCUCGUCCCCCCUCCAUCAAUCAAUCCACUUUUGGCACUCAAAUUUCAAACAAUAACUGCAGACCGCAAUCGAAAUGGAAACUUUCGCCAAAGCUUUGGCAUAGUUGGAAAAUUAGACGAAAGUUUUUGCAUUUGGAAAAGAGCUCUCUGUUAAUUCCAUACUCAACUUUGAUUUCAUUUUUUGCAUUCUACGGCUUAAAAAUAAAAACCUGAAAAGGAAAAAUGAAAAACAAAAAGAAAAAACAACAUAUUCAAUAGUACGAAACGGUUUUUUAACAAUUUUAUUCAAUUAACAACAAAAAUAAA